UUUCCCUCCAAUUUCUGGCAAAUCAAAAGAACAACCGCGGGAGCUUUUCAAACCCUAAGAUUCCGCAGCACAGGUGCCAUGGAUGACGAGAUCGGUGAAGAGUUCAAGAGAAGUGGUUUCACGUUCGAUGAAGAGGAAGAGAUUCUCAAUAAAUGUGUUACGUUCUGUGUUAAUUAUAGUCUAAAGCCUUCGGAUAUAGUUUCUAGCUGGGAAGUCUACUAUCUCAACAGGCAAUUAGAUGGGUCAAUUGUACAAAUUGCACAGAUGGAUGGGUUUUUACAACAUUUACAGAAUGAGCAAAAAGAAGCAAUCAUUAAAGAGGAACCAGACCUUCAUGUUUAUUCGAGCAAAGAUGUGGACAUGAUUUUGAAUGAUGAGGAUGAAGAUCCAAAGGAAGACAUUCUUAAAACUCCAAAUGGGAAAUCUCAGGGCCUCCACAAGGAUCGAUUUGAUUUGACCCCUUACACAAAUGAAGGCUUGUUCUCUUCAGGAAAACCUUCAAAGCACGUGACACCCUUCGGCCAAAGAACAGAAAAAUUUGCUGUGAGGUUCAGCAUUAAUAAUGUGCCUGAUAAGGAGACUGCUGAGAUGGAAGAUAAUUGCGAGAAUGAUGAAGAUGCAAUCAUCAAGAAGGUUCUACCCCUGCAAGGAUGCUCCCUGACAGUCCAUGGAUCAGGAUUUGGACUUGAACCAAAUUGCAGGUUCAUGUAUGACAGGGUUGAAGAUAGGUUUAAUGCACUAGAAAACCGAAUCGUGAAGCAUGCAAAAGCUCUUGUUGCAUCUGGGCUCUAUGAAGAAGUAGUGGACCCUACGGUUGCUUCGCAGAAAAGCAUGUUUGCAGUAGGCAUGAUUUGUUGUGAUGGUGAUGGACACUUGAACGAUAAGUCCACCAUGUUGCAAAGCAGUGUUGAACACUCAGGGGGGCAGUGGGUUCGUUUAGAAUUACAAAACUUAAGCCAGUUUUCAAUCUUUCCUGGCCAGGUAGUAGGUAUUGAAGGGCAUAAUCCUAGUGGACACUGCUUGAUAGCAUCCAAACUUGUAGAUUCAUUUCCUUUGUCUGCCACUAUCGAUCCCAUUCUUCCUCCAGCAAAGAAGAUAACUUUGGACCAUGAUAUCCAGCCAAUUAAUCAACCUUCUACAGAGUCAGAAUUAUCAAUGAUUAUUGCAUCAGGCCCCUAUACAACGACAGACAACAUAUUGUUUGAGCCUUUGACAGAGUUACUAGCAUAUGCAAAAAGAAAGCCUCCUCAGCUACUAAUAUUGCUUGGGCCAUUUGUUGAUUCUGAACAUUCGGAUAUCAAGAGAGGCACGGUAGAGAUGAGCUUUGAGGAAAUUUUCAACUUUGAAGUUCUCAGAAGGGUGCAAGAUUAUGUAGAACACAUGGGUCCUGAUGCACGUGUACUUUUGAUGCCAUCUAUUAGGGAUGCUAAUCACGACUUUGUUUUUCCUCAGCCUGCUUUUGACAUUCCAUCUGAUCUUAGACUUCAGAUAUCUAGUCUCCCGAACCCAGGCAUUUUGGAAGCAAAUCAGGCAAAGAUAGCCUGCUGCACCAUGGAUAUCCUCAGACACCUUAGUGGAGAAGAGCUGUCAAGAAAUCUAACAAAGGGAACAGCCAACGACCGUCUGAGCACACUUGCAAGUCAUAUCCUCCGGCAGCGCAGCUUUUAUCCUCUAUACCCCCCGGCCGAAGGAGUGCCACUUGACUUUUCGCUUGCCCCAAAAGCUCUCGACAUCUCUGUAAUACCCGAUAUUCUCAUUCUUCCAUCCGACAUGAAACACUUCGUGAAGGUUAUAUCUCUUGGUGAGGGACGUGCGGACGAAGAACGAGCGAACUGCGUGUGUGUGAAUCCAGGAAGAUUGGCCAAGGGUGAAGGAGGAGGUACUUUUGUAGAGCUUAAAUACUUCGGUACGCCUGACAAGAUAAACGCUGCAGUUGUCAGCAUAUGAACAGUGGACGUAACGACUUACCUGCUCUGUGCCAUGCCAAAUCUCGCCCGGUUUCAGUUUCAACACGGCGCUUAAAUUACAGGUAAACUACGAUUGGUUGUACUAAGAUACACACUAGAGUAUAUGCUCUUAGGAAGUAGUGCUAGAGCAUCUCGGUUCGAGUCCGAAAUCAAUACUGUAAUUAAGCAAUCGUUUCUUUCGAUCUCUCCCCCGGAUGAACCAUAUAGCCAAGAGAAACUGUGAAUCAGAAUUCGUUGUGAAAGAGGGGAGAAGAGCGUGUAUUUUUCAUGCUUAGUAGCUAUUUUAGAGAUCGUAAAUCUGUAUGUUUGCUCGUGUUGGAAUUGUAAUACUAAAAGAUAGAGAAAGAAAGACAAAACUUUGAAAGAAUUAGAGUCAUUACUAGAAAUCA